UGUGCCACUCCGCUGCGGCUGGAUCUCUCCCCCUGGCAGCUCCUCUGCCUUCAGGGCAGGCAGAGCCUCCGCGAACCUGAUCAGCCCAGGAUGCAGCCUCUCUCCGUGGUGACAUCACGGCCAGAUGUUUGGCAGAGCCACACCCCCAGGGGGGUUUGAAGGAGCUCUAACAGGCUGGCUCACUUCUGCCGCCAGCAUGCAAGGGGAGAGCAGCCGGAGGUGCAGCAAGCUUGCGAUGGGGACGGUUUGCUUCCAGUGGCCAGCUGUUCUGCAGGGGGUUUGCCUGUCCUGAUGUUUUCCCUGGGAGCCUUUCCUCUUGAGGAAGAGGGCAGCGGGGCGUGCCUUUUGCCCACGGAGUCCUUCUUGUGAAACCUGCUCUCUUCUCUUCUGCAAGGAAGAUACCCCUGCUGAGCGUCUGGAGGUGGUUCUGCUUGUUGGUUUGUGGACAGAGCGGAUUUGUGCACCCCACAAGAGGUGUGGGAAAUGGCCACAGCUGCCUACUUCGCCGCAGAGUGCCUUGUCUCCAUGUCCAGCCGGGCGAUCAUCCAUGGUCCUGCCGAAGGACCAAGACCUCCUCCCCCUGUUGGGGUGGCUUCCCCUCUCACAGACUUGACUUCCAAGGAGAAACCUGAAGCGGGAAGAGACCACGGAGGGGGCACCUCGGUGUAUGCCGUGGCCAGCAUUUUGGCUGACUUAAACCGACACCUCCCCAAGUCUUCCUCGCUUCAGCUGGAGAAGGUCCAGAGGAUGGAGCCAAAGGAGGAAGCCAGAGCUCCUCUUUUGCAAGGAACACUCAGCCGAGACCUUGUCAUGCCAGCCAGCAACUGUGGAGGAGAAAGAGCAGCCACACCUACCAACUUGGCGGCCAUCAACCAGCCCAGCCCGAAACAAAGGAGCAGGAGAGGAAGGUGCCAGCUUGACCCUGAAUUACCUCAGAAAAAGCACAAAUGCCACUAUGUGGGGUGCGAAAAGGUUUACGGCAAGUCUUCUCAUCUCAAAGCUCACCUGAGGACCCACACAGGUGAGAGGCCCUUUGUAUGCCGUUGGGAAGACUGCAGCAAGAAGUUUGCCCGGUCCGACGAGCUGGCCCGUCAUUUCCGCACUCACACGGGGGAGAAGAAGUUCUCGUGCCCACUCUGCGAAAAGCGCUUCAUGCGGAGCGACCACCUCACCAAGCACGCACGCCGUCACGCCGACUUCCACCCUAACAUGCUCAAGAGACGAAGCGGCUGCAGCUCCCGGACUGGGUCUUUGAGUGACUACAGCCGGUCCGAUGGGUCCAGCCCCAGGGACAGUCCUGGCAGCUCCCCCUAAAAUCUACCCCCAACCUCCAGCCCUGUGCCUGCACUCUGCUCUCCGCCUUCGCAUCCAAUUCUUUGGAGCCCCCCUUUGCGUUGUAAUGCUUCGCUUGGCACCCUGUCUUUAAACAAAGCAAGAGAAAACGUUGGCCUUGUUUUGAAGGGAAUAAGAGAGAGGGGGGAUUUUUCCCCUGCUAAAUUGCUGCCGGUGGGGGGAGGGGGGAAUUGGCACAGUAGGACUUGAGUUUUACGUGUUUUAUUCCAUGGUCCUUCCAGGAACCUCUUUCUGGACAUUUCUUUUUUCUCUCUGUGUGUGUGUAUGUGUGUUUUUAAGCCUUAAGAAGAUGCUCCUUUGUGUAGUUUUUUUUUUUUGCUCAGGUGUCAAAGGGAAUUUUGUAGGGAAACAAAAAAUGCAAAAAUGCAAAAUGCAAAAUGCAAACCCAGGAAUGUCUCUCCAGCCAGGUCGGUUCUAAUUUUCCUCCGUCAAACUCUCCUCUUACUCAGGGAUAGAUCUAUUUAUGUACCAUGAAGACACAUCCAACAACAACCUUGUUUGAUAAAGACAUUUGCACUCCGAACCUGGUCCUUUUUGGUCCUUUCCUGCAAUACAGCAAGAAAGUCAGGCCAAUCUUUGCACUCAAGACAAUUUGAUUUCACAGUUGGGGUAAAUCGCUUGGAGAGUUUGGAUCGUCUCCUCUACAAUUUCAAUCAACCAGCCCUCAUUUCCCCCCACCCUCUUUUUUCAAGUUGUUUCAUGCUGAAUGAUUCUACCAGCACCACCAACUUCCUGUAGCAAGAAGAAGAAGAAAAUAUGUAUAAAAAGUUUAUACUCGUAAAAGAAUCGCAGGGGGUAGGUGGAAUUUAAAAAAAAAAAAAAACUGAAGUAGGUGCCUUAAUCGUGUUUUUAUUCUAAAUCUAGGAAAUAUAUAUUUACACUGGGGAACAUUUUGUUUCAGCAGCAAAGGACAGAAUUGUGGGGAUCACAGCUUGUGACAGCUUCCGGAGAUGGAAGUUCUGAGCUGAACUCUUGGAUCUGCUUCUCUGCAGGCCUUGUGCAAAAGUAGACCUGAAGAGGGCAUCGGUUUGAAUAAUGUUCCACUUUAAAAAAACAAAAAACAAAGCCUUCUUCUGGAAAUUGUGUUUGACAUCCAGACUUUGUCAAGGUAUUUGUGCUGAUUUCCGAUCCUUUGGGGCUUAAAAGCCAAAGAGUCCACGAAAUUCUGCAUUAUGGUGAACCGGUCAGUACAUAACCAGAUAAAUGGAAGCAAGCAACGAUGAUCAGGAAAUACUAACUUUUGAAGGACAGUGGAAGCAAAACCUGCAUCUAGAAAGUGUUAAAAAGAUGGUGUUUUAGCUCAACAGCACUUCACAAUUUCCCUCGCUGGCUGUCAGUGCAGUGUAGGGUCUGAAGGAUGUACUUAAAUCUUCUUCUCCAUCCAGCAAAAACUCUAGGAUCUUCCAACAGAUUUCCCGUUUUCUUAUCUAGCAGUUUGGACUGCUUAUCCCUCCAGAAGUCCCACCAAGCAGAAGGAUCUCCUGCACCCAAGUGGAACAGGCUCACGACCUUAAAAAAGCUAGCUUUCUCCAAGGACUUGUGACUAAAAAGCUUAACUCAGCAGGAGAGAUCUGUGGAUAUGUAAAAAAUCUCCUUUCAUGAGUGGGGAGGUGACUCGUUUCAAAACUGGGCCCCGUCUCUUUGUUUGGCAUGGAUGGGUGGAUUGGGUCCAAGGUUGAUAAUGCAACCCUCUUGAAAUGGAUGUUCUCUAGGUGUCACUUUCAGAAUUCCAGCUCUGGAGGUUGCUUUCUCAACAGAUGUGGAAGGUUUUGAUAAGAUUCAUCUCUGCUUUUCAAGUUAAGAUUGGGGGAAACCAGCUAGAAAGGUUGGGAGACGUUUCCCUCCUAGAAACCUUGUUGCUCUUGAACUUGGCUUGUUCCAAGAUUAUAUUUCAAUGCGUGGAGUGCUUUCCCUGUGAUCGUGUUCAACUUUGAAAAAAAAAUACUGUUAAUAUAAAUGCAGCUGACUGUAGCACAGUAAAGCAAACUCCAUUCCUCCAAACUACUGUUUACGAUUGAUGCAAUCACCUCUACAUUCCAAAGGUGUUCUAACCAAGACUUUUCUUCCACUUUGCAAUAAUUCCGUUUUGCCAGAUGACUUAAAACACAUGUGUGCACAUAGACAUAACUGUACUGUACAUAGAUUUGCAAAAAAAAUAAUAUGCCACCCAUUAAAGCGUAGCUGGUAGGUGCUAUUUAUCAAAUCCUCUUCCCCGUGUACUACCAUCUGCUGUAUAAAAACGGCUCUACAUCUAGAUAUGUUCCAGUAUUGAUCUCAAACACAAUUUCAAGUUUCAUUUGAGGUUCUCCUAAAACCAGAACUUCACUUUCCAACCUCUUUUGAUAGCUAAGGAUGGAGGCGGUUAUCAAGGCAGGACUUGGAAACACUCAACAGCUAGCAAGAAAUAUUUAUUGUCUAUAGCUAGGUGUCCUCUUGAAGAUAUAGCUAGCAACAAAGGUUCAGAUUGAUGAUGGCCAAGAACUAUUUACAGAGAGAUGGCUACAGAGAACAGUCUAAUCCCAUUUAGUCCCAAAAAUCCCUUUUUUAAAAUUACCUGCAGGAUGUGAUUGGCUCUCCAAGAUCACCAGAUCUCUCUUCCAUUUCACAAACACAGAAUUGCAAAAAUAAAUUCUACCGUGCCUUAAACGGUCUCCUUCCACCUGGGGUCAGCCAGAUGUGUUAGGAAGUACCAUCCCAACACACCUGGAAGGUGGGGAAAGGGAGAUGGCCUUAAACACAACCCUCCCAAUAAGAUCUUAGCCUUAAUCUUCAAGAGAUACCAGCCCUUGCUUCAGAGUGCUCUUUUUUCCUUUUGUGGCUCAAGAAACAGGCAUUGAAUCACCCAAGGAUCAUGCCAAAGAGCUAACCAACCAUGGUGCAGUCUGAAGAUAACCGAUGUGGUACUGUUCCUCACCUUGUUCGAAGGACUGGAGUUGUAUGGAGGGAUCUUACCUAGAAGGAAUGGGCACCUCCACUAAAUCCACUAUUGUAGUCCUUUGGAUCAGCAGGGUUCUUGUCCCAGGAAUUUCAAUUUUUGUUCUGCUGUCACUACUGUCAUUUCAUUAAGCGAGUGCAGCUGACUUUCUUUGGCAAAGCUUGGUCCACCAAGCCAGUCAUGGGCCCUUUCCUCCUCCUUUGGGUGGGUAGAGGGUCUUGUUCUGAGUAUAUUUACUCUUUCUUGGGUCAAGACGAUGGCAUUAGACAGGCAACUGAUGGAAAAGCAUCCUCAUCUCUAUUUAUUUGGCAACAUGAACCAUGCGCUUCUGAGGCUUUUCAAAAUCCUUUUUGUGCUCAUUACCAUUUCAUAUCGAACAGUAAAUGUAAUCAAAACACUCAGGGUUUGCUAAUAAUUGUCUGCUGUCUGGCGACAGGACCUCAUUUUAGCUUUGCUAGCCACUGUUUGAUUAAUGUUGAUUAGGCUAAACUGGGUCCUAAUUUGAUGAAAAUUCUGCUUCAGAUUUUUCAUGGGAAAGUGCUCUGCUCAGCAAGGCAAGAAAGAGAUAAAUCUUGUUCCUGCUCUUUGAAUUUCCCGGUCUUUGUUUGCUUUCAUUUAGGACUUGACUCUGAAGUUAUUGAGAUCUCUCCUGCAAAAUGUUCUUAACUGUUGCACUCUAGAGCAUGACUGUCCAACCUUGGCUACUUUAACACUUGUGGACUUCAGGUGUUCUAAGAGUUGGAAAUCCACAGGUCUUAAAGGGGCCAAGAUUGGACACCCCUGUUCUACAUGAUCUUCCAUAGCAACUGAUCUCGGAUCUCAGCCAUAACUCCGCUUUCAUGCUCACCUCUCAAUUUCCAUUUCCAGUCAGGGGUCCUUACUGGAUCUUACUGGAUCUGGAAAAGCAGCAGGUGGACUUGCUCUCUGUUGGAGAUGCCUGACCAUCUCAUCUAAGUCAAAGUGUGGUGGACUUCAGCAAUUAGACAAUACUAGACAGAAGACCUUUAAACUGCUGUUAUGGUCCCAUUUUUCCACCUCACAUUUUUUUGCUUUUUUGCUCUGGGAGCUGUUUACAACUGUGUCAUUAAAAAAAAGACGUGUUUCACUAUCUAUCCAUGUGUUAUGUUCACAGGGUUUCCUAUUUAUUGUAAUGCAGAACUUUCCUUGUUGCAUAUAACUUGCCGUUGCUUCCAGGGGUGCAGCUUCCCCUCAGGGCAUUAAACCUCAUUACCUUAAGCAGUUGAAGUGCUUAAUCUGAAUAAAUUAUGCAGAUUAAGCAGCUCUAAAUCAGGGUGCCAGUCAGUAAGGCCUUUGGGCUGCAGGCCAUUGGAGUUCACUCAUUGUUAAGUAGGAUAUCUGGAACUUGGAGCAGUGUCCUUCUGCGAAUAGGUUUUAUGUAUAUAAUGAUAAGGAAAGCAUACUCUGUAUAUAACUGCAGUGCUUGGCUUCUUCUAAUGGCUUGCUCCUUUAAGCAGGCAUACAUCUUGUGUAUGAUAUAUCUGUGCCUCAGUUUCCUGAAUUUGAAUUCCAGAAUUUGAACCAUGGAAACUGGGAACCAUUUGGUGGUGACAACAAUGGAGUCGGCCACAAGAUAUCGGCCUCCAUUGUCCACCAAAUUAGGAAACCCAAGCUCUCCCUGGAUUGGGCUCCUUCCGGCUGCGAAGAGGGCUCGGGACUGAAGGUAGCUUUCACAUCUGGUUGAGAUUGUUGUGCCUUCUUACAAAAAUGCAAGCUGGGUCACCGAGCAAGCGAAGGGAGCAGGUUGCAAAAAUGGGUUUGCCAUCCACCUCACUUAGCUGAUGGUACCUCUGAAAUAACAAGACUUUGCAUGGGUCUUCUUACUUGAAUGCAGUGUUUCUCCACCUGGUCAGCUUUAGGACAGGUGGACUUCAACUCUCAGAAUUCCCCAGCCAGACCAAGUGGAGAAGCACUGCUUUAAUGGGAUACAUUCCCAGCACCCUCCAUGUUUUCAGAGUACUGAAGCAAAAGGCCCAACAGAGAACAUCAGUAAUAACUCUUGUGGCAAAUGAAAGUUAACUGAAUUUAUGUUUUCUCUGGUAUUUUCCAUGAAUACGGAAGAAAGUCUGUUGCGUGCAUUAUUCAGCACAGCAGGGCUGAAUUUUGAGAUGUAAAACAUUUCUUUACAUCUUGGAUCUGGAUUUCAUACUAGGUGUAACCUGGAGAAGUGCCUACAAUUUUAAAAAAAGGUUCUUUUAGCAAAGCUUUCCCUAGAUUGGUGUUUUGAGGUAUAUUUUAUUGCAGGUCCCCAUAAACCAAGGCUGUCAAACUUGUGGGCCAUGGGCCAGAUGCAUCACACACUGGCCAUGCCCAUGCCAAGGGGGGGGGGAGUCAUGAUACGUCAUGUGACGCCAUCAUGACGACAUGAGUUUGACACCCCUGCCAUAAACCCAUUGGCUAGAAAUUCUGGGACUUCUGCUGUAGAACCUCUGGAAGAUUUGCUAUUGGAGAAGGUUGUCCAGACACAAAGCUUUCUUCAUCUACAUAUCUACUGCUCCAUCCCUACCAGGCCAUGCAUAUGGUCUUAAUAUAAUAGUCUCGGCACCUUCCAGAAUUUUGUGGCCUUGGCAUGGAUAUACCCAACAUGAUGAAUCAGGACAGCGUCUUGAGAUGGUUAACGGUUGCAUCUUGUCUCCUCGUUUGCCAUGUCCUUUCAGUAUUUAAACUCCUUUUCUCUCCUAUUUUCUGGAAUCUCCACCCUUGCCCAGACUUAGCUUGUGAGAAUCUGGAAAAUGUUCUGAUGGGAUUUCAAUCCCUGAAGGAUUGUUUCUGUUCAAGAUGUCAUCUCCCAGCCUGGAUUAAGGAAUCUUCUCCUCAUCCUCCUGAGGUCUUUUUUUUUUUUUGAUGUGCUGAAACCUGCUAAAGAUUUCACGUAGGAAAUGGUUAUAAAAUUAUAGAGGUGAGAAGGAUUUCUGGAUGCACAAUGCACUCCAGGAUCCAUCCAACUCUCCUCCUUCGUGAAACUGUUAUUGAUAUACUGCAUGGAAUUACUUGUGCAUUAAUAUAUAGAGUGCUAUAGAUAAGUAGAUAUAUACUCUGUGUCAGUACAGGAACAAAAAAAACAGGGCAAUUACACAAGUUUACAUACAUAUCUUCCCUUUGGGGCAAACCAUGACAGAGCUUGUCAUGUUUUCUCCUCAUCCAUUUCCUCCAGCAUCACCUCUGUGCUAUAUGGGUCACUUCUCUAGAUGGUUUCAUGUUUUACUGAGUCACUACAUCGAAGUAUUGCAGUUGUGGAGCCAUCUGUCUGACACCCAUUCACUCUGCUGUAAUCUUUUUGAAAAUGUUUGUUUGUGGGGGGGGGUUGUAUUUCAUAGUUUUAUAUAUUGUGACAGUGUCCCUAUGCAACCACAAACAGAAGGCAGAACUAACAAAAGUCAAGCGUCAACUUAUAUGCAUGAUUAGUGAUGUUUGCAUUUUAAAUAAAACUGAUGAAUGAUUAAGAAAA